AACACACUAUACACGCACUAUAACGCGUUAAAAUUACAUUGAUCCGAAGUAUUAUUCUAACGAGUGUAAACGCAUCCAAGAAGCUAACUUGUUCAAUUUUUAACGAGUUUGAACGAUUUACGAUUAUUGAGGCGUUGUCACGCACUACUAAUAUAACUCGUUAGAAUCACUGAAUAUGAAACAUUUAACGCGGUUCUAACGCGUUAAGCCACUUACGUAACGCGUUAGGGUUAUAAAAUUUUUGUAAUUAACGAGUUUGAACGUCGUUUUCAUAUUUUUCUUGUAAAAGCGCGUUUGAGUGCGUUAGAAUUAAUUUCCAGUCCCAUAUAUGUUUGAAAAAUAACGCAUUUGCACGCAUUCAACAGUAUUUAGCUAGUGUGCACGCAUUAAAUUUUUCUUUUAUUUAACGCCUGCUAACGCGCUUUAGAAUAUCAAAAUUAUUUCAUGGGUAAAUAAUAUUGAUGAUAUUGUUUUUUAAUUUAAAAACUUGAUUUUUCAAUCAACUCAUUUAAAAAAAAGUGAUUUUUUAUUAAUCGCAUAUUUCGUUACAUUUCUACUUGUUUUCAUGGUUGUCUUUACCAUAACUGCCAGGAUUUCUGAUGAUGUUGUUUCUUCAUCCUUUCGAUUGAUCUUGUAUAAUCAUUCAACCAUAUCGCUAUUAAAAAAGAGAGAGAGAGAAAGAGAACAAGCGAGAUAUAUGAUUGGUCACAUCUUUUUUGUUUUUUGUUGGGGAGAAAUAUUGCGUUAUAGAAAAUCAAUUGAUUAUUGUGCAAAUAUACUUCAAACUGUUUAAAUUACGGUAUUGAAUUUUUAAAAAAAAACAAUUACUGGACACAAGUGGGUGGAACCGAAUGAUUCCUAGCUGCUGUCAAACAACUGGGAGCGGAUUAUCGCGAACUGGAUGUGGGAGGUAGUAAUGGUUAUAUAAAAUCAGAUGGCAUAUGGGGUCGACUGGCAGAACGAACACAAAUUCCAAAGAAGGAUACUUAUGAAACUCGAAAGUGGCUCUAUGCAACAUGGCAAGGAAAUCGGCGGAAGGUCCGCACAACAUUCUUCAAUACACAAGUUAAUGAUCUACUAGAAAAUUUAAGUCGAACAUCUGAUAAGGAUGAACAAGACAAUCAUUUACAUGUAGAGACGAUGCCUAACAAUGCUUCUUUAUUAACAAUUCCUUCAACUGUACCAAAAGCCAUGCGAUCAAAAGAUAUUUUAGCUCCUCGUUAUGUACAUCACUUUGCAAUGAAUUAUGAUGGAAGAGGCCAUUGUAAAGGUGAAAAAUGUCCUGUGGAAGGUUACGAUAGAAGUGAUAAAAAUCACCCUUCAAAGGAGGAGACCAUGGCUCGUCAAUUAACUGGCGACGUUCGAGAAGCGAUGGUGAAACAAGUUCAAAAAAUAGGAGCGCUAGGCGUUUAUGAACGUAAUUUACGAUAUGCUAAUGAAGAUCCUCUGAAAGAAAGCAAUUUUACUGAAGUACCGUCAAUAGAUGUGCUGACGACAGCUAAGCAACAGUAUAAUAAGAAGUAUCGUCUCUAUGAAGAUUAUUUUAAAGAAUUGCGCAUGUUUGGAUUUUUUACUCGAUGUACUGAUGACGAAUCUGAAGAUAUUAAAGGUUAUAUACAAACAAAUGAUGAAUGGCCGUUUUCUGUUCAUUUCUUUACUGAAGUACAACUUGAUCGAUUUGUUAAAUAUUGCAAGACCGAAAAAUAUUCAACGUUACAUAUUGAUGCUACUGGUUCCGUUGUACGACAACUAAAACAUCAAAAGGACGUCUUCUUUUAUUGUAUGGUGUUUCAAGAUAAAAAUUCUCCAAUCAUGCCGCAUAGUGGAGCACUAUUACGUGAUUAUACAGCCGCCUCGAUUACUUCUUAUUUUAAUUUUUUUCGCGGUAAAAUAGCAAUACGCAGCAAAGUUGCUCGCCCAGCUUUCGUUGUUAUUGACUUUUCUGCCGCAUUAAUUAACAGCGUAUUAGCUUCAAAAUCUGAUUCGUCUGAAUUCGAUAUUGAACCAUAUUUGCAAGAAAGCGAUGUUAAAGAUGAUAAGUCAAUGAAACAAGAUUUUCUCGAUGAAACAGAUAUAACAACGAAUCCCAUUAUUCAUCAAUCACCAUUCAAUGUCAAAGCAUGUGCUAACAUUCCAAAUCUCCGUCAAAUCAUUCAACAAGAAGAACUUCACAAAGAACCAAGUGAUAAAUUUGGUAUUGCUCAAUCUUCAUGUGAUAGAGAAAAGCCACGAGUCAAAUUAGAUGAUUUAAAUGUAAAAGAUGAAUGGCAACGUCGUGCUCGAUCAAAUACAACAAAUGGUAAAAGUAGAUUCUACUUUAACGAUAAACUUAGUCAAACAAAUGCAUGCAAAUUAUCUAAAGGAAAAAUGAAUAAACAGAUAAUUGCAUUCGAUGACAGUUCAAUCCCAACAAAAAAAGAACAUUCUCCUACAAAUAUGCCAGUCAAUGUCGACGGACCGCUAUCAGAUUCAUCACAUAAUUCAAUUAAUGAUCACUCACUUGAAUUUUCCAUCGUAUCGUCCAAUGCACUUUAG